GUAGUCCUCACAAUUCAAGAUCCGUAGUUACUGAUGGCCAUUAACCCCACCUCAGGGCGUUCAGAAGCCCAUUACACAAAAUGAAGCGUUGCUUUAUUGAAGGGUUGUGCAGGAAACCAGGAAGCAAAGUAUCAUACUCAUGGACAUUACCAUCUAGAAGGGCAAAGUGCUGUAUGCACAUGGGAGCUUCUUAACUACCUGCAGGUUCUCUUCCAGACGCCACACCGCCACACCGCCACACCAUCCUGAGUGGCAAAUAUAAUACUAGUUCUAAAUCCUGGAGCUCCCUUCUAUGCAGCAUCUGUGAGUACAGUUAAAAACCCGCAGUAGUUCAAGGUGAGGUAGCUCAUCACAAGAGCAUUUUGGAAUGAACAGUAAUGAAGGCCUUGCAAGUAAUACCGAGCAGCAGCUGAGAUUCCUGGGAUGAAUCAGCAGGGUGCCCUGGAACGGGGAAUGGAAAACAGCUGCCGGCUGUAGCUGGGCGCCUUGUGGGGACUGGGGAAUUUUCUCCACAAGAAAAUCCGGCCACGUUGGGAUGCUCUCUGCUCCUCCUGGGCGGCGAAAGUAAGGCGGAGAUCGCUGAUUGUAAUUCUAUCUUGCGCCAGAUCGCCGAUCCGCUCGGAAACUUAACGAAACGCCUCGGGGAUCGUGUAGCCCUUCCACAGAAGUUAACAAGAGGAAAUACCAACAAUGAGUGUCCUUCCACCAGUCAGAAGAGACCGAAUUAUACCAGAGCUACCCUCGUGUUUCACAAAGGAAGCAGCCCUCCACACAAAAGACAUAUUCAACCCCAAAGUGAAGCGUGCCUGCCACGAUGACCGGACAGGAACAGUUGGGUUGAAGAUUUCCAAGAUUAUUGUGGUUGGGGACCUGUCAGUGGGAAAGACAUGUUUAAUCAACCGUUUCUGUAAGGAUAUCUUUGACAAGAAUUACAAAGCUACUAUUGGAGUGGAUUUUGAGAUGGAACGGUUCGAAGUACUGGGAGUCCCCUUCAGUUUGCAACUAUGGGACACAGCAGGUCAGGAGAGAUUCAAGUGUAUCGCAUCAACGUACUACAGAGGUGCCCAAGCAAUAAUCAUCGUGUUUGACGUCACUGACAUUGCAUCUCUGGAUCACGUAAAACAAUGGUUGAAAGAUGCUCUCAAAGAAAAUGACCCUUCCUCUGUGCUGUUGUUUUUAGUUGGGACAAAGAAGGAUCUUAGUUCUGCUUCCCAGUACAGCCUGAUAGAGAAAGAUGCUAUCAAAAUUGCUAAGGAAAUAAAAGCUGAAUAUUGGGCAGUGUCUUCACUCACAGGAGAAAAUGUAAAUGAAUUCUUUUUCCGGGUUGCCUCCUUGACAUUUGAAGCUAAUGUAUUGGCUGAGCUAGAAAAGACAGGCCCGAGGAGGAUUGGUGAUGUUGUUCGUAUCAACAACAAUGAUAAAAACCUAUUUAGAACUGGGAAGAAAUCUAAACCGACCUGCUGUCAGUGAGUGACUGCCAACAUAAGAGGCUACUGUUGCACUAUAAUUUCUGCUUUAACCAAAGAUUUGUCAUGCCAACAACAUUGGCGCCAACAGAACACCUUUGUAAUGAGAAAACUUGUUAAAAGCUGAUGGAAUGUGAGCAUCCUGCUGGAGAAUCUUCCCAAAUAAUUGCUGUUAAGACACUGCCAUUUAUGUUAAUCCCACAUCUCAAUAUCUUUACCAGUGGAAGAAAUAACAUUAUGAUGUACAAUUCCCACUCUGAUGAUGCAUGGGUUAAAGUUGGUGCUGGAUCCAGAAAGGAGAUACCUGUAAUUUUUUUUGACUCCCUCAACUGUUAUUAUUAUCCUGUUACAGGAUAGGAAUUCAUCCCUGGACACACACAUUAAGCACAUGAAAUACGUGCAUGGAAUUUACUUCUGAAAUUUGGUUCCACUGAAGUCAAUAAAAUGGAAUUUUGGAGUGCAUUUGAACAUAAUUACUUUGUAUGCUUAGCACAUGUGAUUGAGGAAAUAUUUUUAGUCCACCUUUCUGAUCUGAAAUUUUAGGAAAGCCGGGACAAUAUUCUGUCACAACUCUUAUAUUUCUGUAGAUAUUUCUGAUUUUUGUAUGUGGGACACAAAUGCAGGGAGUUAACUAAUAGUAUAUGCUCUGAAGGAAAGCCAUUCAUGCUAUUUAUUAUUUAGAGAUAGGGCAUAGUAACAGGCCCUUGUAAUUGUGCCGCCGAAUUACACCCAUACUAACUCGUACAUCUUUGGGAUGUGGAAGAAAACUAGUGCAGCCACUGGGAGAAAGUACACACUCCCAACAGGCAGUGAUGGAAUUGAACCUGGGUCACUGGUGGUGUAAUAGCUUUUCACUAACUGUGCUGCCCCAUUUCAUCUUUUUAUAUGAUGGGAUGAGAAGUUAGUUAUCUGUCUUGGGGUCUGAGCAGUAUCCCACCUGAUUUGGCGAAGGGUCUCGGCCCGAAACGUUGACUGUUCGUUUCCACGGAUGCUGCCUGACCUGCUGAGUUCCUCCAGUGUGUUGUGCAUGUUGCUCCCACCUGAUUUUCCCUGUCUUUUCUAAUUGGGUUGUUCCAAUAGGUUCAGAUGUCAAAAUAAGAUCACGGUUCUGAGUUUGACAAAAUGUAAAAACUGGCCAAGAUUGAUGGUGGCAAUAAAUAUCCAAUGUAUUCCCAAUCUUGAAACUUCUACCAAAGUCAUUCACUGCCUGUACUGUACUUACUCAACAAUGAUGUGGAAAACUAUACCUUCCCCUUCUCCUCUGUUUCCACUCUCCUCUCCUAUCAGAUUCUUUCUUCUCCAACCCUUGACUUUUCUCACCCACCUGGCUUCCCCUGUCACCUUCCAACUAGCCUCUUUCCCCUCCCUCCAUGUUUUUAUUCAGGCAUCUUUCCCCUUUCUUCUCAGUCCUGAAGAAAAGGCCCGGCCUGAAACAUCAACUGUUCACUCUUUUCCAUAGAUGCUAACUGACCUGCUGAGUUCCUCCAGCAUUUUGUGCGUGUGCUUCGGAUUUCCAGCAUCUGCAGACUUUCUUGUGUUUGUGAAAUACGUCCUUUGUUUGUCAAACUUAUGACGAUAACAUUUUAUGGAGCCAAAUUUCAGAAGUAAAAUUCCUUGCCCAUAACAUAUUGCCAUACAAUAUGUUCAUACAAUUUUACAGAAGGGUAGUGGAACACUUACACACACACACACACACACACAACUGACAUUGUGUAUUUAUCACAUGUAGUUAGUGACCAAUUUCUAUUUCUUCAUGUUUACAUGUUAGAAUGACACUGCUGCCAUUCCUAGGGCAUAUUUAACAGCUUUUUUCAACAUUAUAAUACCAUCAUUAAUUCUAUUGGCAAAAUCCAAGCAAUGUAAUUCAUAAUGUAAAUAAUUUUGAGAUAAUUGUGGAAUUUUGGUAGAUAAGUCUUUUCCCUUUUGUAGUUUUCAGAAAGCCUUGUGCAACACUCACCCACAAGUGAAGUUUCAACUGAAAUAUAAAGCAAGGUUGUUGUUUAGUCCGCUGGAGGAUUUUUUUUUCCCUUGAGAGUGUUUUGCUUCCUUUAAUAAACGAGGAUUUCUGGGUUUCUGAAUGCAGAGGGGAUGGUUUUGCUGGAUAGAGCAGUCAUUUAAAAGAGGUGGCACCGGGAUUCAUUUCCCAUCUUACUGUCUUGUUCCCUCAAAGAGCUAGAAAAUAUACCACCCUGAGUCAAGAUCCCUAUCAAUUGGAGGAGUAAGUGAGGGCAGGCAGCAGCACUGCAGAAAAGACCAUUUCCUUCUCAAUGAUCAGCUCUAAGCUUCCUGGCUGCUGUUUAUCAAGUCUGGAAUAGGCCUGUGCUAAAUGGGGCACCGAGCAUGCCCCAAAGAAACGGACUGAAAUACUUUUUCAUUGUAUUGGUGGCAGUAAAGUUUGCUCAGUUCUUAUCGUGUAUUAAGUAUUCACUUUUUUUUUGAAAAGUUUUCUCUACAAAAAGCAGCAUCACCAGUUUCUUUUUGCCAUUUUGUUAGGGAUAUUAAUAUACUCUUUCUCUCUAUAGUCCUUGAUUUUUAUAUGUGUUAGCUAUUUUUUCUUACUUUGUAAUAUUUCACUUGUUUUCUGAAAGAUGCACUGAAACAGAGGCUGAUGCGAUAGACCUGGGAGAAGACACCAAGACAACUGGAAGCACAGGUUUAGGAGCACACGAAUAAAGGGAGGACAUUUAGCCUUUCAAAGCAAUUCCACCAUUCACUUAGAUCAAGGCUGAUAUGCAGUUUAAUUCUUUCCCCCACCUUUGAUUCCAUAAACCUUAAUACCUUGCCCAACCAACAAAUAUCAAUCUAGUCCAAUGUCACCACAUCUUCCAAAGUGAGAGUAAUUCUUCAGCUAACAACUUGAUGGGUUUUAAGACACUGAUUACCAGUGAGAGCUUUAGAGAUUGAAAUAGCAAUGGAAUCUUUGUAAUCUGCAAGAGCCUUUAAUUACAAUCAAAUUCGCGCAUGUGGUGGUUUGCCCAUAUAGGACAUAUACACUCAGUGCCUCCUGUAGCUAAUAAAGUGGUCACUGAGUGUAUGUUCAUGGUCCUCUGCUACCGUAGCCCAUCAGCUUCAACAUUUGACAUGUUGUGCAUUCAGGAAUGCUCUUCUGCACACCACUGUUGUAACACAUUGUCACUUCCUGUCAGCUUAGACCAGUCUGGCCUCUGUCUUCCUCUGACCUUUCAUUAACGAGGUAUUUUUGCCCACAGAACUACUGCUCACUGGAUUUUUAUUUUUGUUUUUUUUUUGCACCAUUCUCUGUAAACUCUAGAGAGUGCUGUGUGAGAAAAUUCCAGAUCAGCAGUUUCUGAGAUACUGAAACCACCCUUUCUGGCACCAAUAAUUAUUCCAUGGUUAAAGUCACUUAGAUCACAUUUCACAGAUAUGUUAAAAGAAAAAGAUUGGUUAAGACAAAUGUAGGUCCCUUACAGUCAGAAACAGGUGAAUUGAUCAUGGGGAGCAAGGACAUGGCAGACCAAUUGAAUAACUACUUUGGUCCUGUCUUCACUAAGGAGGACAUAAAUAAUCUUCCAGAAAUAGUAGGGGACAGAGGGUCUAGUGAGAUGGAGGAACUGAGGGAAAUACAUGUUAGUAGGGAAGUGGUGUUAGGUAAAUUGAAGGGAUUAAAGGCAGAUAUAUCCCCAGGGCCAGAUGGUCUGCAUCCCAGAGUGCUUAAGGAAGUGGCCCAAGAAAUAGUGGAUGCAUUAGUGAUAAUUUUUCAAAACUCUUUAGUUUCUGGAUUAGUUCCUGAGGAUUGCAGGGUGGCUAAUAUAACCCUGCUUUUUAAAAAAGGAGGGAGAGAGAAACCGGGGAAUUAUAGACCGGUAAGCCUGACAUCGGUGGUGGGGAAAAUGCUAGAGUCAGUUAUCAAAGAUGUGAUAACAGCACAUUUGGAAAGCGGUGAAAUCAUCGGACAAAGUCAGCAUGGAUUUGUGAAAGGAAAAUCAUGUCUGAGGAAUCUCAUAGAAUUUUUUGAGGAUGUAACUAGUAGAGUGGAUAGGGGAGAACCAGUGGAUGUGGUAUAUUUGGAUUUUCAAAAGGCUUUUGACAAGGUCCCACACAGGAAAUUAGUGUGCAAACUUAAAGCACACGGUAUUGGGGGUAUGGUAUUGAUGUGGAUAGAGAAUUGGUUAGCAGACAGGAAGCAAAGAGUGGGAAUAAAUGGGAUCUUUUCAGAAUGGCAGGCAGUGACUAGUGGGGUACCGCAAGGCUCAGUGCUGGGACCCCAGUUGUUUACAAUAUAUAUUAGUGACUUGGAUGAGGGAAUUAAAUGCAGCAUCUCCAAGUUUGCGGAUGACACGAAGCUGGGCGGCAGUGUUAGCCGUGAGGAGGAUGCUAAGAGGAUGCAGGGUGACUUGGAUAGGUUAGGUGAGUGGGCAAAUUCAUGGCAGAUGCAAUUUAAUGUAGAUAAAUGUGAGGUUAUCCACUUUGGUGGCAAGAACAGGAAAAUAGAUUAUCAUCUGAAUGGUGGCCGAUUAGGAAAAGGGGAGGCGCAACAAGAGCUGGAUGUCAUUGUACACCAGUCAUUGAAAGUGGGCAUGCAGGUACAGCAGGUGGUGAAAAAGGCAAAUGGUAUGCUGGCAUUCAUAGCAAGAGGAUUCGAGGACAGGAGCAGGGAAGUACUACUGCAGUUGUACAAGGCCUUGGUGAGACCACACCUGUAGUAUUGUGUGCCGUUU